AGAAAGAGGAGGCGAGGGAAGGAGGAGCGAGCAGGGAGCAGACUGACAGAGCUUCAUUGCGCUCAUUCGUUCUUCUGUGCUUGGCAAAGCAGCUUCUCCGUCUUUCUCUCUCACUCUUAACCUCCAGCUUUCUAGUUGGCGCGCAAAAGAAGCAAGCAAGGGGCAGAGGAGCUCCUCCUGCUGUCACACCAUGCUGCCCUGGAAGAGGAAUAAGUUUGUUUUGGUGGAGGAUGAGAAUAAAAUGAAAGCCAAAAGUCUUGGAAAUGGACUGACCUAUCACUCCAUCCUCUCCUCUUUGCUACGAUCCUGUCCUGACCUGCUGCCCGAAUGCCCCUUCGACUGGGUGGGAAACAUCUUCCAUAGCAAACGACAGAAAGUGGAAUUAAACAGAGAGGAGCCGGUUUACAAUGUGCGCUAUCUGGGAAGCGUGGUCACCAUCACAGCUAAGGGGGAAGGAUGCACCCAGGAAGCGGUUGCCAAGAUUUGGGCAAAAAGCAGCUACGGGGAGCAGAGCGUCAAAAUGAGGUUGACCGUGGGACCGCAAGGCAUCCGCAUGAGUGCGUACAAAUCAGGGGAAAAAAGUCCAAUUCAUCUGUACUCUCUAAGCAGGAUCACCUACUGUUCGGCGGACCCGUGUCGGCCCAAGAUCUUGGCCUGGAUCUACAGGCACCAGAUUAAAAACAUGGCCAUCGUCCUUCGUUGUCAUGCUGUCUUGGUGAGCAAGCCGGAAAAGGCCCAAGCUAUCGCGCAAAGCCUCUACCAGCACGCCACCUCUGCCUUCAGUGAGUUUAAACGACUUAAGCGGCAGAGUGACUUCCGGCACUGCCAGCAGCAGCUCCUGGGGGAGGAGGCGGUACCCCUCAUGCCCCUCAGGAGACUGCUAAACGGCCAGUGCCACUACAGGUCAACCGCCGACACCCCUGGGAGCGCGACUCGUCUCUGCUCCAUCACAGAAGAAGAGGAGGAUGACGAAAACGGCAAUAAUGAGAAACCACCCUCAGAAACGGAGCCCAAAAGGAAGAAGAAGGUUUUAACGACAAAUACAGACCCAACUCAAUUACUUUCCCAGUUGGACCUCGGGGAUAUCGCUGGACUGGAGCAGUGCCAAAUCAACUUUAUCAGUGAACACAAUAACAACACCUUCACAUUUAUAACCUCGCUGGUGUGAUAACGCUGAUCAGACAACAAAUGGGACUUAUUCGUCUCGGCGUUUCACUUAAUACGCCAUUUGGGCUCCCUCUUUUCCCCUCCGCUUGAAAUUCACCAGCAUCUGCUGGCUGGCUGGCUGGCUGGUCUUGCGCAAGGGCACUUUGUGUUCUGGCCAGAUGGGUCUGACGCUGGUGUGCCAGAUUGACUGUUGCGAGUGGGGAAUGUUUACAAGGAGAGUUCCUGAUGCACACACUUACGAGCACAGUGACGAACAUCACUUUCGGACAGCAUGAGAUGACGUACGGUCAUGUUUUUAUUACCAAGCAGUCCCUUGUCAGGGUGUUUGUAUGUUUGUGUAAUAUUUUAAUGUGACAAUCACGAUGUUCAGAUGACAUAAAUUUGUUACUGAUUUAAUAAUGAAAGAGGUGAUGAAUUAGGAUGUAAGCCAUUGACUGGAUGUUUAAUUACUGCCAUUUGCAAUCGUCCUCAUCAUUUAUGCAUGAUGUGUCAACUGUAACCUUUCACGCUUGGCUUUUGUUUAAUCACACACCUUCAAAGGGAACACUGUGAUAUAUGUGCAAGCAGGGAUAGAGACAUAGAGAAAAGUUCAAUAUUUGUUGUGCAUUUUGAAAUCCAUCUGUCUUUAUUGUGCUCCAUCGAGAUUCUUUCCACAUUGGAUCUUAUACACCCUCAUGGCUUGAAAAAUUGUUUGGAUUAAACCUGAAAGCUAAUUUCCUUUUAAUUCAUUCCUGUGUUGAAUAAAGAUUUUGAAAAUUUAAGAAAGACGAUAAAUAAAGACUUCUGUAUGAUUCCUUGGUGAUCUUCGAGCGAUCAAGUAGUUUAUUGAAAUGAAACUGUGCAUUUGCAUGUUUCAAACAUGGGCGUAGGUUUGCAUAGGGACGGCAGGGACAUGACACUACCAACUUUUCAGGAUGCUCAAACAGUCCCCGCCAACUUUUAAGCAACUUUAU